AUGAUACUUAUGGUUUUUGUUGCAAAAUACCCUUAUCCUGCCUCACUUACAUUCGCUAUGCCAUUUACACAAAUCAUCAAAUCUUAUUUCCAAUGAUUGUUUCUCAUUGUCAAUAAGUUUUCAACCUCACCUAGAUGCUUCUCAUCACCCAUUGAUAUACAUUACUAAACACCUUCAAAAAUCCUCAUUCUUGUUAAUCGGAGAUCACCUCCACCAUUGGUCAUGGCUAGUCAACCUAAUUACAACCCUUCUUUUGUCCAUAUUCGCAACCUUACCGUUACUCACAAAUAACAUAUUGUGUCGAUCAUUUCUCAUAGUUGUUAAGGGUAAUGAUUGUCCAUUCACAUUCGCAUUUUCUCUUAUUCACAUACACGUACAACUGUAGAAUUGAUGAGGUUCUUGCCAUUUGAGAAUUCCUACAAAUCGUUACUCUAAAAGAAUAUGAUAAUUAAUAUGUUCCAUUUGUCUUAACUAUGGGAGGGUUGGAGGGCUCUAAAAUAUUACAAGUGAGAAAGAAAGUUUGGGUUCCAUUUAGUAUAUAUUUCAAAGGGUUGAAGGGUUCAAAAUUAGCAUUGACAGGGCAUAAACGCAGCACACAACAUUGUCAAUCGAACACAACAUGCAGGCCUAACAUGGUCCAGAAACACAAUUUUAAACUACAUGAAAAGGAGUUACAACCACAAUUUCAAAUCACAUGAAGAGAAUGAGUCGAUUCAUAGCCAUUUUCUUCUUAAGUGCUGAGGCUCAACAAUGUUGCACUCAUAUACUUACACAAUGUCAAGAAAUCUUAGAAGGGAUCAAUUACUUUAUUUGAAGAGAAAUUCAUCAUUCACUACAAACUUAUUUUUCAUUGGCAUUGGUUAAUCAACUACUGAAUAUUGGGAAGAAAGGUGGUACACUUGUGUAAGCAAAUUCCAUUGUGAGAAAGGAAGUUGUUCUAAAAAAUGACGCCCAUUUUAAUGUUAUUUUCUGGCAUAAGGAAUACUCUCGCAAAUGAUGAAUUAGGCUGGGAAAUCCUCAAUAUUUCACUCCCUACUACUUUGGCUUUGGCAGCAGAUCCUAUUGCUUCUCUAAUUGAUACCGCAUUCAUCGGUCACAUAGGUCCUGUGGAGCUUGCUGCUGUGGGAGUCUCAAUUGCUAUUUUCAAUCAAAUAUCAAAAAUUACAAUAAUUCCAUUGGUCAGUGUUACAACCUCUUUGGUUGCUGAGGAAGAUGCUACUGAUGAAGUACGGUCAGAAAAAGAAAUGUUGAUCAAGGACUCUUCUGUAAAUGUAGAUGAAAAGUUAGAUGUACAAGACCAAGCUGAGAAAGGAGGCAGCUCUUCGUCAACUAAUGUUGACAAAGAGGCUAAUAAACUUGGUCAAGACAAAAGCUAUAUUCCAUCUGCAUCAUCGGGAAUAGUUAUUGGUGGUGUGCUUGGGGUCCUACAAGCUCUCUUUAUCAUUUUUACAGCUAAACCAUUGUUGAAUUACAUGGGCCUUCAUUCUAAUUUUCCUAUGUUCAAACCAGCACAACAAUACUUGACAUUAAGGUCAUUUGGUGCACCAGCGGUUAUUAUUUCUAUGGCAAUUCAAGGAGUUUUUCGUGGAAUCAAAGACACAAGAACUCCUUUAUAUGCUACUGUAAUAGGAGAUGUAACAAAUGUCAUUUUAGAUCCAUUACUUAUGUUCGUUCUGCGGUUGGGAGUCAGUGGGGCAGCCAUUGCCCACAUUAUCUCGCAGUACUUGAUUUCCAUAAUACUAUUGUGGAGUUUAGUGAAACAAGUUGUUCUUCUACCUCCAAGUAUCCAAGACUUUCAAUUUGGGAAGAUUCUGAAAAAUGGGUUUCUGUUAUUGAUUAAAGUUGCAGCUGUGACUUUCUGUGUGACCUUGUCAGCAUCCCUAGCAGCAAGGCAAGGAUCAAUAACAAUGGCUGCAUUUCAAAUUUGCUUACAGAUUUGGAUGGCAACCUCUUUGCUUGCUGAUGGAUUGGCUGUUGCUGGACAAGCUAUUAUUGCAAGUGCAUUUGCAAGAAAGGAUUACCAAAAGGUUAUCACAUCUGCCUCACGUGUGCUACUGCUUGGCUUGAUGCUUGGGUUGGGGCUCUCAAUUCUUCUUUUAAGUAUACUACCUUUUGCUUCUAAGUUAUUUACAAAUGACAUCAAUGUUCUGCAACUUAUUAGUAUUGGCAUUCCGUAUGUUGCUGCAACUCAACCCAUCAAUGUUCUAGCAUUUAUUUUUGAUGGACUCAACUACGGAGCUUCAGAUUUCUCAUACUCUGCUUACUCAAUGAUUAUGGUAGCAUUGGUGAGCAUAUUUUGCUUAUUUAUGCUGUCCUCAAGCCUUGGCUUUACUGGUAUCUGGAUUGCGUUGUCUAUUUACAUGACUCUAAGGAUAUUUGCAGGCUUUUGGAGGAUUGGUACAGGAUCAGGACCUUGGAGUUUCCUUAAGAAUCAGGACCUUUCACUGCAGUAGUUCCAUCCCUUUACCAAACCAUUAUGACUAGGUUUUCUGAUUCUCAUGUGCAGUUACUUAACAAUACUUCCAUCAUGGAGUACUAGUACUCCAACCAUUGAUUGCUCCCUUCUUAGGUUGGGGUUGCUUUUUCAAAUAAUUAUUUUUAUUCAAAAUGAUUAUUUUACUCCACAUGCAUAGGUAUAAAUGUAUAUUCAAGACAAUGUUUUUCCAGACACGAAAUUUUUAUUGAUUAUAAAUGUUUUUCUUUUCAAUUGAAA